AUGAGCGAGGGUGACGACAGCCGCCUUCAGGCGGAGGAGGACUCUGGUUCUGCAUCUUCGUCUUCGGGCGAAUCGAUCGAUGCCGACGAAUAUGAGGGGCACGCGGACGAGAGCGAUGAUGAUGAUGACGAUGAGCCGCGCGUGCAGGUGGACGAGAGCAGGUCGGUCCUGCUGCGGGACUACAUCGCGCAGGAGCGUCGCAAGCUGGUGCCCCACUUCCGCUCGCUGUCGGUCGCGGUCUCGCACCUCAACUACACCGUCAAGGCCCUGCCGCCGGCCCAGCGCCACAACGACGUCUACCACGCUUGCCUGUGCUGUGCGGCCGAGAAGAAGAAAUCCAAGAAGAACCUGUUGCAUGACGUCAGCUUCUACCUUAAGCCGGGCCAGAUGACCAUCCUAUUGGGCGCGCCCGGCUGCGGCAAGUCGACGCUGAUCAAGCUCCUGGCCAAUCGGCUGCGCUCGGGCAAGGUCACCGGCGAGCUCACCUUCAACGGCAAGGACCCGCGCAAGGGCAACUUCCACCAGGACAUCGCCUACGUGCCCCAGGACGACGUGCACAUCGCCCAGCUGACGGUGAAGGAGACGCUGCAGUUCAGCGUGGACUGCCAGAUGCCCAAGCACGUGUCGAAGGCCGACCGCCAGGAGCGCGUGCGCACGACCAUGCAGCUGCUGGGCCUCACGCACCGCGCCAACACCGUGGUGGGCGACGCCCUGCUGCGCGGCGUGUCCGGCGGCGAGAAGAAGCGCGUGACCAUCGGCGUCGAGACUGCCAAGAACCCCACCAUCUAUCUCCUCGACGAGCCCACCACCGGCCUCGACUCCUCGGCCGCCUACGACGUGUUGCGUGCGCUGCGGUCAGGCGUGGACAUGGGGACGACGGCGAUGGUGGCGCUGCUCCAGCCGAGCUACGACGUCUUCAACCUGUUCGACAACGUGCUGAUCUUGUCGCACGGCGAGAUCGCCUUCCUCGGCUCCAAGAAGGACGCCUUCGCCCACUUCGAGAGCCUCGGCUACCGCUGCCACCCCAACGUCAACCCCGCCGAGUUCCUUCAGGAGGUGGUGGAGAGUGGGACGGGCCAGUGUCCGCUGCCGGAGAAGUACCGGGACAUGGGCGACGAGGAGCAGGGAGACGCGGAGUGGCUCAAGCCCGACGAGUUCGUCGCGCGCUACAAGGAGUCCACCUACUACGCCCAGGUCGAGAAGACCAUCGAAGAGAUCCGCAGCGAGGCCAGCGCCAGCCAGCCCUCGGCCAAGAAAGAGCGAGUGGACAUCGGCGAUCUGACGAAGGUGGACUACUCGGAGAACAUCAAGUACCCCACGUCCGUGUGGUUUCAGUUCUGGCGCCUCACCCAGCGCUCCUUCAUCAAGCUCUGGCGCGAUAUGCCGACAAACAGGUCGCGUAUCGUGGGGUGCCUCUUCAUCUCGUUCCUGCUGGGCACGCUCUUCCUGCGCUUGGGCGACGGCCAGACCGACGCGCGUACGCGCCUGGGUCUCAUGUUCGUGGUGAUGGGCUACUUCUCCUUCUCGUCGACCAACGCCCUCCCGUCGGUGCUCGUCGAGCGCGACGUAUUCUAUCGACAACGAGACGCCAAGUACUACAAACCGCUGCCCUACCUCACCGCCAACAUUCUUGCCGAUGUGCCGAUGACGGUGAUCGAGGGCGUGCUGUUCAGUUGCAUCGUGUACUGGCUCUGCGGACUCAAUGACUCGGAGGCCGGUGGACGCUUCGGCUACUUCAUGCUGAUGUGCAUCCUCUUCUACUUCAGCACCGGCCCGUCAUUGCUCGCGCUCUACCUCCUCAUCUCCGGCUUCAUGAUCACCAGGGUUUUACUACGCCAAUCCACGUACGCGUUCAUGGGCUUUGCGGCCAACGAGCUGUUCGACGCGCGCUACACGUGCGGCGACGACGAGCUCGCGCCGCCCCGGUCGGUGCCCAACUUCAACACCUCCUAUCCGGGCGGCUUCGAGGGCAACCAGGUGUGCCCGCUCACCUCCGGCACGGCCUUUGCCGUCAACGACUUUGACAUCUUCGACGUGGCCGAGCUCCGCUGGAUCAUGCUCGCCUGCGUCGUGGCCUGGUGGUUCAUCUUCACCACGCUGGCCUACCUCGCCCUCCGCUUCGUUCGCUACACGCCGCUCCCGGCGCCGCCCAUGGCCGAGAUGGCCGCCGACGAACACGAGAUGCAAGAGGUCGAUCUCGCGCAGUACAAGAAGCAAGCCAAGAAGGGUAAGAAGCGAAUGGAUGUUCAGGGCGACAUCGACAUUGACGAUGGCGGCGGCGAGGUGGGCGAGAAGGACCUGUCGCCGGCCGGCGCCUAUCUUUCGUGGAACAACCUGGACUACUCGGUCCAGAUCCGCAAGGGUCUCAAGAAGCACGACCUCCAGCUGCUCCAUGGCGUGCACGGCUACGUCAAGCCCGGCAUGAUGCUCGCCCUCAUGGGCUCGUCGGGCGCGGGCAAGUCGACGCUGAUGGACGUGCUGGCGCGCCGUAAGACCGGCGGCAAGAUCGGCGGCGAGAUGCUCAUCAACGGCCGCAAGGCCGACAGCAACCUCAACCGCGUCAUCGGCUACGUCGAGCAGCAGGACAUCCACAACCCCACCCAGACCGUGCUCGAAGCCCUUCACAUUCCUAAAAAGGAGAAGAAGAAGUUCGCCAAGAGCCUCCUGAAGCUGCUCGGCCUCGAGGGCCAGGCCAACGCCAUCAUCGGCAACAACGCGCAGGACGGUCUCUCUGCCGACCAGCGCAAGCGGGUCACCAUCGGCGUCGAGAUGGCGGCCGACCCGGCCAUUCUCUUCCUCGACGAGCCCACGUCGGGCCUGGACUCGUUCGGCGCCGAGCGCGUGAUGAAGGCCGUCAAGAACAUCGCCGCCCGCGGCACGUCGAUCGUGUGCACCAUCCACCAGCCCUCGUCAACCAUCUUCGGAAUGUUCACCCACCUGCUCCUGCUCAAGAAGGGUGGGUACAUGACCUACUUUGGGCCGAUCGGAGAGGAGGACGGCGACUGCUCGGUCCUGCUGGACUACUUUGCCAAGCUGGGCAGCCACCUUAAGCCCAACCAGAACCCGGCCGAGUUCAUCCUCGAGGUCACCGGCGCCGGCAUUCCCAAGACCGCCAAGCAGAUCAAGGAGAAGCCCAAGGACGGCGACGGCGACCAGGAGACCCAGAAGCCUGCCGCGGGAGGAGACAGCGACGAGUACGUGGCGGCCUAUCAGAAUUCAGAGUUUUGCAAGAACGCGCUGCAGCAGCUGGAAGAGGGCAUCUACCCGAUCCAGCGGGAGCGCGAGACCAAGGGCCGUCUCCGUCGCCGAUGGAAGAAGAUCAAGGAGAGAAUGAAGGGUCGCUACGCCAACCCCAUGCACGUGCAGUUCACCGAGACGAUCAAGCGAGCGUAUCUUGCGGUGUGGCGAACGCCGAACGAGUUCUGGAACAAGAUCAUCGGCCCUCUGGUACUGGGCAGCAUCAUGGGCACUCUCUUCCUCCAAAUGGACAACAACCAGGCUGGCGCCACGCAGCGAUCUGCCGUCAUCUUCUUCUCCAUGCUCAUCUGCGAUCUUCUUGCCAUGCCGGCGAUUCCCAAGAUUCUGGCCGAGCGUGCCGUGUUCUAUCGCGAGCACGCGGCGCGCACGUACAACUCGCUGGUCUACGCCGCGAGCAUCAUCCUCCCCGAGCUCCCCUUUGCCGUCAUCACCGCAGUCCUCUACACUAUUCCGUUGUACUUCAUUUCGGGCCUGCAGUACGAUGCGGACAGAUACUUCAUCUUCUUCGGCAUCUUCCUGCUCACCAACCUGCUCGCCAUCUCGCUGUGUCACAUCAUCGGCCUCCUGUCGCCCAACGUCGUCAUCGCCAACUCGCUCUCGGCCAUCCUCUUCACCCUCUUCUCGCUGCUCGCCGGCUUCCUCAUCACGAGGGACGACAUCGGCGGUUGGUGGAUCUGGAUGCACUACAUCGAUAUCAACAUGUUUGCGUUGGAGGUGUUGAUGAUCAACGAGUUCGAAGGCCUCAAGCUUCACUGCACGGGCCACGAGUUCGCGCAGGUGCCGAUCGCCAGCCAGCCGGGCGUCUUCAAGGAGUUCUGCGGCAUCACCACCGGCGAGGAGUACCUCGACUCGAUCAGUUUCUCGUCGGACAACAUGGUGCGCGAUGCCAUGCUGCUGCUCGGGUUCUACUUCAUCUUCAUCUUCAUCACCUGCCUCCUCGUCAAGUUCCUCAAGUGGCAGAAGCGAUGA